UCGAAAAUGGCUGUUAUGCACGGGGUAGAACAUCCAGAAGAGGGCAAGUGACGGUUCAUCCCUGUCUUCCACACUGACCAAUUGACAUUAUUUUACGACAAUUGAUACUGUUACCUAAUCGAUAGCUAUUAUGUGGCGACUAAGAAGCAAUCUUCUUGCUCCUCUUCACCCACCCCCGGACUUGCGACAUAUGAUUCGCUUCGGGAAAAGAUUGGAACCUUAUAUGAAUGAUGUAAGUCAAAAGAGCUAAGCGACGAAUAACGAAGAGGAGAAACACGGAAGAACGAAGAUGUUCGGUUUUAUUUGGAGAGUUGUAUUAUUCUUUUUGCUGGGAACUUCUUUUUGUUUCUGUUCUACAGACCCUAGCAGAUCUGUGAGAGCCAUUAAGGGGCGAUUUCGAACAUCUUACGCUGCAUGGCGUAUAGUUCUGUGUCUAACCCAACCCCAUGGCUCACUGAAAACAGAUGUGCAAAAGGCAUGGGAGAAAGCAAGGCUCGAGUCAUCUCAUGCAGACAUGAAUGUAUCUUUCAUAGAGGCACCACUCAAGACAGAUUCAUUAUCCUAUCCUCUGUCGUUGUUAAACAAAUUCUGUAAUGAAAUUAAAGGUGGAAAGACGGUGUUAAGUCUCAUCAUUGGAGGAGGCUCUGCAGCCAAAUUUCUUGUAACAGCUGCAGCUUCGUUAAAUAUCCCAGCUUUGUGGUUACCAUUUACUCAUGAAGAUUUCCUUAGACAGGAAAACUUCGGACAAUUCGAAAAUCGUAUAGGAUCCAGUACAAGGGAAGUGGGAGCAGCUGCAGCUGCUUUGAUGCAUAGGGCAAACUGGCAUGCAUUCACCCUUCUCAUAGACACCACUUUGCUCCCAAUGACUCAUCUUCUGCAUGCAAAUCAGUCAACCUUAACACCUCGAACAAUUAUACAUCUUCCAACGAAUGAUAAGACCUUAAAAAUAAGAUUGAGGAGAAUCGCCGAGGAGGGAGGCAGUGGAGGAGUCAUAGUAAUGGGUUGUGAUUUGAAGAGUACACGAAGAAUACUAGCUGUAGCUGGCAAGUACGAAAUGCUCGCAGGAAGGUUCCUAUGGCUCUGGCUGGAUUUAAAGGCAGAACUGAGACCUAAUGAACCAAAUAUAAUCAGCUCUCAUAUUAUACAUAGCUCAAGAUCAUCGAUAGCAACGAAUGAAAAUUCUUCUCCAGUAGAAAGUAUAAACCGAAACGCGAAUCUCGUAGCAGAAAAUCAGUUAUCUUUAAAUUCUUUGUCCAGUUUAGCCAACGAUAUACAUCGAUUACAAGAAUACAGGUGGCAAAGUGAAAGAUCUAUAUAUAAACACGAAGAUAAGAACUUUAAUUUCGACGAUGACGAAGAAAUUAGAAUAACAGACAAAGAAUUAAAUUCUAAAGAUUUUAUGCCAGUUGGUAUGCUAGCGUUGAGACCGUCUGGCAUAAAACUAAUGGGCAGUGAUACUAUAUUAUCCAGAAUGAUUAGGGAGACUUCUCAAGCGUUAGAUGAGACAUUUUUAGAAGUAAAACCCAAACUGAAUCGUUUGGGAGAGACUCAACUGGAGGAAAACUUUGUACCAGAGUGCUUUCCAAAAAGUAAUUUCAAAUUUUUGAUGAGCAAAUUAAGGCACGAUGUUUCGAAGACCUUAACGCAGAAGUUAUGGAAUUCUGUAAGUCAACUUUCAAAAGACAAAGCCAAGUUCCAGUUGCUAAAUUUGCAAGCCAUAAGAUUUCCAGGGAAUAAAACUCAACUGAGAUGGACCAAAGUUGGCACAGUGAAGGGUGGAAAGGAGGUCCAUCUGGACACUAUAAUUUGGCCAGGAGGUGGAAUCGUACCAGCGUACCUUGAACAAGGAGGCGAAAAGAUUGGCAUGCCAAUGUAUCGUAUAGUGACAGCACUGGCACCACCAUUUACAAUGGUUACGAAUUUACAGGAGGGUCUCUGCUUGAGAGGAUUACUAUGUCGCCAAGGGAAUAUUUUGAUGUGUUGUUAUGGUCUAAGCAUGGAUCUGAUGUCACUAGUAUCUCGUGAACUAGGAUUUCGAUAUGAUCUCUAUCUAGUAAAAGAUGGUUUAUUCGGCAAGCGGAAUGGCAGCACGUGGAAUGGAAUUAUUGGAGAGCUUGUUGUUGGCCGAGCACAACUGGCCUUUGCACCGCUUAGUGUGUCUGCUCGUAGAGCAGAAGUGGUCGACUUCACAACUCCAUAUUUCUUCAGCGGAGUCAGCUUCCUCACGGCGCCAAAACUCAAGUCAGAAAUGUCAUUAUUUGCUUUUCUAUUCCCAUUCAGUACAGAGCUAUGGAUCGCGGUUUUUACGUCAUUGAACUUCACUGCCAUAGCAGUGGCACUGUAUGAAUGGUUCAGCCCGUUUGGCCUGAACCCAUGGGGUAGACAACGAAGCAAAAACUUUUCAAUUGCCUCUGCUUUAUGGGUGAUGGGGGGUCUCCUUUGUGGACAUUUGGUUGCCUUUAAGGCACCAAAGUCCUGGCCUAAUAAGUUUUUAAUCAACAUUUGGGGUGGUUUUUCUGUCAUUUUCGUAGCCUCCUAUACGGCCAACAGAGCUGCACUCAUUGCGGGCCGCUUUUUCCACCCUGCAGUGAGCAACUAUCACGAUAAAAGUUUAUUGUUACAAAAGGUUGGUGCACCAAGAGCAUCUGCAGCCGAAUACUAUGUGCAGAAAGCAAACACACAAUUGUGGUCUCACAUGGCUAGAUAUUCUUUAUCGAAUGUCGCCGAAGGUGUAGAGAGAUUAAGAAAUGGUAGUUUAGAUAUACUCAUAGCAGACACUCCUAUUUUAGAUUAUUAUCGAGCAAUAGACGAUGGUUGUCGAUUGCAAAAAAUUGGAGACACCAUAAACGAAGAUACCUAUGCAGUUGCGCUUGCUAAAGGUCAUCCUUUAAAAGAAAGUAUAUCCAAAGUUAUAGCCAAUUAUACGAGCACUGGACUACUUGACAUUCUGCAAGAAAAAUGGUAUGGUGGUUUACCCUGUAUUCGAGGAAGAGAAGGAAUGGAUACUAGUCUUGAACACGAACAAGGAGGACAACCUAGGCCUUUGGGUGUAGCUUCCGUAGCUGGCGUGUUUUGUCUUCUAGGAAUGGGUGUUGCGCUUGGUACAAUUAUUUUAGCUGGAGAACAUUUGUUCUACAAAUACACGUUGCCCAGAUUGAGACAUAAACCAGAAGACUCCAUAUGGCGCAGUCGUAACGUGAUGUUCUUCUCACAGAAAUUGUACAGAUUUAUCAAUUGUGUGGAACUGGUAUCACCACAUCAUGCUGCUAGAGAAUUGGUCCACACAGUUCGACAAGGGCAGAUUGCCUCUUUGUUUCAAAAAAGUGUCAAACGAAAGGAACACGAACAGCGUCGAAGGCGUAAAAGUAAGGCACAGUUUUUUGAGAUGAUCCAAGAAAUUCGAAGAGUCCAACAAGAAGAAAAAAUAGAAACCGUACCGGAGGAAGAAGAAAAAGUAUCUACGUUCAAGAAAGAAGAAAAAUCUGUAAAAGGAAGAGAACGAAGCAAAAGCAAGAGUCCUCUAAUGCCUCGGAGUCCAAAAAGAUCAGAAAAAAGCAGAAGUUCAACCAAUUUAUCAAGUUCUAGAUUAGGUUUAUCUCCAAUAAGCCUGGAUACUCCUAUGAAGCCCAGAGAAUUCACCCUAAGCAGCACUAACCUCAGAGCAAGGAGCCCCCUUGAAACAGUAGGACGUCGCUUAAGUCACGGAGACGGUGGAUCACCACCUCCACGUUUAGGUUCUCAUUUCGGAGGUAGUGCAACGCUAAGACCUUUAGCUCCCACGAAAAGUGAUUCUACAGGCAGCACAACGCCAACAGUUAAGGCUGAAUCUACUGGAGGGGGAGGUGUGCCUACACCUAGAUAUGCCAGAAGUCCAGCAAAACGAGGGCAAUCAUUUCCAGUGUUCGCCACUUUGAGGCCACCGCACUCUUCUGGCUACCAAAUGUCCAAGAGUCCAUUAUUAUCGCCAAAUAACGAACUAACUUCCACCAUAGGACGGAAAUUGUCCCGUGAAUGGGGCUCAGGAACUAUAGAUCUCACUAGGUCUUCUGAAGCGGUCGCUAGUGGUUCCACUUACACGUUGAAUCAAGAAAUGACACUGUCCCUAGAGCGACCGCCUCAAGAGAAAAUCCAAGGUGACGCCUUACCCAUUAAGAAACCUAUAAGAAGAGCCAGAAGCCACGAGAACAGGGACACCAGUAAGCUGAUGGUCGACCUACCAUCGCCAAGAUUUACCGCUCAACCGGUAGUGGGAGGCCGAUCGGUAAGCGAACGAACGAAAAAGCAGUUAGAAUCCGAAUUGAAAGCGAUUUUAAGUGCCAGAGCCCAUCACCGCGACCUGCAUCCUCCUUGAUAGACAACGAGCUAUCUCACGUAACCUUAAUAAAGAGCAAGAAAGAG